AACAUUUUUCGCCCGCACCGCUCAGUCACUCUCACGACGUCGACCCGUUAACACCACCACCGCGGUGUACACCGGACGGUACCUGACUAUUACCUACCCACAAAUCAUACCAACUUCUUAUACCGCAACCCCGGUAAGGCUUAUUCCGUACACCUAGAAACGCGGAGCUUUUGACUGUCUAAUAUAAUAGUAAAAAAAAACCGCAUCGCGAUUCGACAUCAUUAUCCGAGUAACAAGUCGAAGUCAUACGCCGUCGCGUCGAAACUCAAAAUUCGCUAGAGGCGUACGAACGCUUCAUUAUAACAAUAUAACAUAAUUAAUUUAGCAGUAUAUAAUAUCGAAAACUUCACUCAGCCAUGUAUAGAUUCCAAGACGUGGCUCGUCCAGCGGCGACGGCGGCCAAACAUUUUGUCGGCACACCUGCAAUGAGAAUGGCAUCUUCAUUGUGUCCUGGAGAAUAUUCUGCACCGUCGGUUGAAACAUCGAUUCCUGGACCGAAAUCAAAAAAACUUCUCGCUGAGCUUUCACAAAUUCAACUAUCCGGUUCGGUUCAACUUUUCGCCGACUACAACAAAUCUUUGGGUAACUACUUGGUUGACGUCGACGGUAAUGUUAUGUUAGACGUAUACACGCAAAUAUCAUCAAUGCCAUUGGGUUACAACCAUCCGGACAUGUUGAAAGCGUUGGAAUGCGACGAGAACAAAAAAGCAGUUGUCAAUCGUCCGGCGUUAGGUGUGUUCCCAGGUGCUGAUUGGCAGAAAUUACGAAACACGCUGAUGAGUGUUGCACCUAAAGGUAUGGACUCUCUGACGACCAUGAUGUGUGGGUCUUGUUCCAACGAAAAUGCGUACAAAAAUAUGUUCAUGAAGUACCAGCGGGACAAGAGAGGAGGCACUUCAGACUUUACAGACUUGGAAAAAGAGUCAUGCAUGAUUAACAUGCCACCAGGUGCUCCAAAGUUGUCCAUACUGUCUUUCAAGGGCGCAUUCCACGGCCGCACACUGGGUGUCUUAUCCACCACGCAUUCCAAGUACGUACACAAGUUAGAUGUCCCAGCGUUCGACUGGCCAAUAGCCAGAUUCCCUGUGUACAAGUAUCCGUUGCAUGAAAAUCUCAGAGAAAAUGAACAAGAAGACGAACGUUGCUUGGCAGAAGUAGAGGAACUGAUAGAGAAGUGGGAAAAAAAGGGCAAUCCAGUGGCCGGAAUCGUGGUGGAACCUAUCCAGUCGGAAGGUGGAGACAACCAUGCGUCGCCGUGUUUUUUCCAGCAUCUUCAGAAGAUUGCCAAAAAGUAUAAUGCGGGUUUUCUAAUCGACGAGGUGCAGACGGGCGGUGGCCCCACCGGAAAGAUGUGGUGUCACGAACAUUUCGACCUAGAAACUUCUCCAGACAUUGUUACUUUUAGCAAGAAAAUGCAAACCGGUGGAUACUACUUGAAAAGCGAAUUCUUACCCGACAUGCCGUACCGUGUGUUCAACACUUGGAUGGGAGAUCCGACCAAAAUCGUAUUACUCGAUGCUAUAUUGAAGGUGAUUAAGAGGGAAAAUUUAUUAUCAGUGGUCGAAAAGUCCGGCGAUAUACUUAUGUCUGGACUCAGAGAGUUGGAAGCCGAGUUUCCAGCUCUGAUAAACUCUACCAGAGGUCGUGGUACAUUCAUAACGUUCGACGCUGCUGAUACCAAACUCCGAGAAGAUAUUGUCAAUAGACUUUUAACUAAAGGAGUCCAAUCCGGAGGAUGUGGAGUUGUGGGUAUCAGAAUGCGACCGGCGUUGAUCUUUCAACCACAUCAUGCUCACAUGUUCCUCGACAGACUUCGCCAGGUGUUGGCCGAAACUAAAUAAGUUCCACGUUGUAUUAUGUAACUAUUAUACGUCUGUAGAAAGAGUGAGCAUUUUUUUAUAAUUUUGUGAUAUUAUUGAAAAAUAUGUCUUCCAAUGUUAACAUAAAGCUUUUUGAUUGAAAACGAGUCUUCCAAAAUAUUUUACACAAUUAUUACAAAUAUUGAAUCGUAUGUAUAAUUUAUUAUAAAGUAGAUAUUAUAUUGUAUAAUUACAAUUAUGUUACAAUUAUUAUUAAACAUUUUAUUAUAAUAUAAUAACAUUAA